GCCACCGACGAGACUGGAGUGACCUCCUACAACCUGUACUGGGCCGACGCGGCGUUCAUGAAGCUUCUCCUUAUCGCGAAGCUGCCAGCAAGCUCGAGUUCGUUGACCUACACGCUCACCGAUGCCGUCAUCCCAGCCGCCGCUGCGCACAUCCUGGUCAGUGUGGAAGGCGCUGGUGGUGAGACCGUUGGUGGCGUGGCCACCACAGGCGAGCUAGACUACACCACGCUUACAGCGCCUCGUGACCUCAUGUUCCAAGAUGCAGAUCCCGGCGUGAAUCUCUAUGGAGGUGUCAUCCACUUUCGACGGGCUGCUCGGGAGGCGACCGUCGAGCAGUAUGAGAUUCAUUGGGCCCAGCUGUCUGGAUCAACGGCCUCACCGGUUUCACUGGUGGAGACAAUUACGACGGCUUCCGACAAUGAGACCCUGCUGUUUGAGAUGAUCGACUCCUAUGGUGAUGGAUGGAACG